GUCUCCAAUUUGACUUCAGUGUUAACCGUUGAUUGUUUUGGUUUGCGCAAAGUAUUGUAUAGUAAAUAUUAUUAAAACUUUCAGAAUUUGCACAUGGAAAUUCAAAUAAUUUUGUACUUAAUAAUUUAUAAUGUAUAUUAAACAGGUUAUCAUACAAGGCUUCAAAAGUUACAGGGAGCAAACUGUUGUUGAGCCUUUCGACCCUCGGCAUAAUGUUGUUGUGGGGCGAAAUGGUUCUGGAAAAAGUAACUUCUUUUAUGCCAUCCAGUUCGUUCUCAGCGACGAGUUCUCCCACCUCAGGCCAGAGCAGAGACAAGCAUUGCUGCACGAAGGGACAGGGCCUCGCGUCCUCAAUGCCUACGUCGAAAUCAUCUUCGACAACACAGACGGGAGACUUCCGAUCGACAAGGAGGAAGUGUACUUGCGACGAGUCAUCGGAGCCAAGAAGGAUCAGUACUUCCUCAACAAGAAGGUGGUUCCUCGUUCAGAUGUGAUGAACCUCCUUGAGUCAGCUGGCUUCUCGAGGUCCAAUCCGUAUUACAUCGUCAAGCAGGGAAAAAUCAACCAGAUGGCCACAGCCCCAGACUCGUACAGGCUGAAGCUGCUGAGGGAAGUGGCAGGCACGAGGGUGUACGACGAGAGGCGAGAAGAGUCCAAGGCGAUACUGAAAGAGACGGAGGGCAAGGUGGACAAGAUAGAGGAGUUCCUGCGCACCAUCGAGGAGCGUCUGAAGACUCUGGAGGAGGAGAAAGAGGAGCUGAAGGAGUACCAGAAGUGGGACAAGAUGAGGCGCUCUCUGGAGUACACCAUCCACGACCGAGAACUGAAGGAGACCAGGAAGAAGCUGGAUGAUAUGGAGGCGGCGCGCAAGAACUCCGGGGAGGAGCAGAAGAAGUUCAGCACGGAGCUGAAGAUGGCGCAGGAGAGCAUCCGCGCGGCGGCGCGGCGGCUCAAGGAGGCCAAGAAGAACGUGCAGACGCACAGGGAGGAGCGCGACACGCUGGGCGCGGAGCAGCAGCAGCUGCUCAAGGAGAAGACCAAGCUGGAGCUGACCAUCAAGGACCUGUCGGACGAGGUCAUGGGCGACAACACCUCCAAGGAACGAGCAGAGAACGAACUGAAGAAGCUGAAGGUCACUAUCGCCCAGAAGGAGUCGGACCUGGAGCAGUUGAAGCCCAAGUAUGAUGACAUGAAGAAGAAGGAGGAAGACUGCACGAGAGAACUGGCCCUGAAGGAGCAGAAGAGGAAAGAGCUGUACGCCAAGCAGGGACGAGGGAGCCAGUUCACGUCAAGGGAUGAACGGGAUCAGUGGAUACAGAAAGAACUCAAGUCCCUUAAUAAGCAGAUCAAGGACAAGAAAGAACACCAUGAUAAGCUUGCUGAAGACAUGAAGAGAGACGGUGAAAAACAAGUGCUCUUAGAGAAGAAGAUUGAGGAGCAGACCCUGGAGAUGGAGCGGCAGCGGUGCUGCAUCGACGAGCUCAACAAGAACUACUACGAGCUGAAGAAGAGCAAAGACCAGUACCAGAGCACCAGGAAUGAGCUGUGGCGCAAGGAGACGGCGCUCCAGCAGACCCUCUCGUCGCUGAAGGAGGACCUCGCCAAGGCAGACCAGUCUCUGCGCUCGAUGGCCGGCAAGCCUAUAUUAAAUGGUCGGGACAGCGUUCGAAAGGUCCUGGAAACCUUUAGAGAACGGGGAGGUGCCUUUGCUGACAUUGCCAACUCCUACUACGGACCUGUCAUAGAAAACUUUGACUGUGAGAAGAGCAUCUACACAGCUGUGGAAGUAACCGCUGGAAAUAGGCUGUUUCAUCACAUUGUCGACUCCGACAAAGUGGGGACGCAGAUCCUGAAAGAAAUGAACAGACAGAAGCUCCCCGGCGAAGUGACGUUCAUGCCUCUCAACAGGUUGCACGUCAAGGAACAGAACUACCCUCAGAGCAAUGAUGCUAUUCCCAUGGUGACAAAGUUGAAUUAUGAACCAAAGUACGAUAAAGCAUUGAAGUACAUUUUUGGAAAAACAUUGAUAUGCAGGAAUUUGGAAGUGGCUACAAAUUUAGCAAAAACCAGUGGAUUGGACUGUGUAACUCUAGAAGGUGACCAGGUUUCGUCCAAAGGUUCGCUAACAGGUGGCUAUUUCAAUACGUCACGUUCUCGCCUAGAGAUCCAGAAAACACGGAGUGAACUUACGGUCCAAAUCAGAGAAUCCGAAGAAGAACUUGCCAAGCUUAAAGAGAAACUACGAGAGACUGAAGGGAAAAUCAACCAUAUUGUUUCAGAGAUGCAGAAGACAGAAACCAAAAACAGCAAAGCCAAAGAUAUAUUCGACAAAGUGAAGGCAGAUAUUCGUCUGAUGAAGGAAGAGUUGGCGGGCAUUGAGCGUUACAGAGGCUCAAAAGAGAGAUCUCUUGAACAAUAUGGUUCGAGCAUUGAAGCCAUGAAGACAACCAAAGAUGGCUUGGAAUCAGAACUUCAUCAGGAGCUGAUGGCGCAGCUGUCGGUGUCGGACCAGCUGGAGGUGGACAAGCUGAACGACGACAUCCGCAGGCUGACCCAGGAGAACAAGGAGGCGUUCAGCAUGCGCAUGAGGCUGGAGGCGGAGAAGAACAAGCUCGAGAACCUGCUCACCAACAACCUCAUGAGGCGGAAGGACGAGCUGGUGCAGGCACUGCAAGAAAUAUCGGUUGAAGAUCGUAAACGACAGUUGGAGAACAGUAAGUCAGAGCUCGCAGCUAUUGAGAAACGCAUUGAAGACGUCAACAAAGAAUUCAAAAGCAUGGAGAAGAAAGUACAAGAAGCUACAAAAAUGCAAAAGAGCGAGCAGGCGGCCCAGGACAAGUGGAAGAUCAAGGAGAAGGAGGUGCAGGAGAAGAUAGACGAUGACGCCAAGGACCUGGAGAAGAUGGUGUCCAAGCAGAACACGCUGCAGCAGAAGAUAGCGGACUGCACCAAGAAGAUACAGGACCUCGGCUCGUUGCCCUCGCCCGACAUUGUGGCCAAGUACCAGAACAUGAGCACCAAGAGUUUGUUCAAAGAAAUGGAGAAAGCCAACAGCCACCUGAAGAAGUACAGCCACGUGAACAAGAAGGCCUUGGAUCAGUUCAUGAGUUUCUCCGACCAGAAAGAGAAGCUGGUGAAGCGGAAAGAGGAACUGGAUCGAGGGGAUGAGAAAAUAAAAGAACUGAUGAUGGUCCUGGAGCAGAGGAAGUAUGAAGCCAUAGAAUUUACGUUCAAGCAAGUUUCGAAAUACUUCAGCGAAGUGUUCCACAAGCUGGUUCCGUCGGGUCACGCGCAGCUCGUCAUGAGGCGGAACGAUGAGGAGGGCGGGGCAUCUCAUGACGAAGCAGAUGCAGACAAGUUCACGGGUGUUGGCAUCCGAGUGUCGUUCACGGGUCGCAACGCAGAAAUGAGGGAGAUGAACCAGCUGUCAGGGGGUCAGAAAUCCCUCGUGGCUCUCGGACUUAUCUUCGCCAUCCAGAAGUGUGAUCCAGCACCAUUCUACCUCUUCGAUGAGAUUGAUCAGGCUCUGGAUUCACAGCACAGGAUGGCUGUGGCAGACAUGAUCCACGAGCUGUCCAAAGACGCCCAGUUCAUCACGACCACCUUCCGACCAGAACUACUGGUUCACGCCAACAAGUUCUACGGCGUCAAGUUUCGAAACAAGGUGAGUCACGUGGAGUGCGUGACAAGGGAAGAGGCUGCGGACUUCGUGGAAGAUGAUACGACGCACGGUUAACGAGACUGGUGUGACAUUCUGUGGGGGUAAAUGCUUUGAUACGGUUCCAAAGGACAAACAUUACUCAGUGGAUUGGGACUUGGUGGCAACAAAUGGUUCAGUCAGCAUCUACGACUUGGAUGUGUUGGUUGGUUCGUUCGGACAUGCCCGAUGGCUUUGUGAGGCAAGGCAAGUUAAAAAGUACAACUCUCCAAUUUUAACUUCUGUUUCAUAGUGUUGUUAUAUUUCUAGUUAUAAGAAAUAGAGUGUAAUCUAGAGAAAUGUUUAUUUUCAUCAAUAAUGCCUGAAUUGUUUUCUCAUAUGGUCAAUGUUAAAUUAGUUAAACUUUUAUUCAUUUAACAUACACUUCUGUUUUGGAUAUUUUUUUUUUUUUAAUACUUUAACUCAAAAUGUUUAACUAGUCAAUGAAAUUUUACUAAAACAUGUUAAUAGAUUUUAUCAGAAAAUGGGGGGGGUUUAAAUAAACGUGAUUUAUCUAAAAACAUAAAUGGAAAAUAAACGUAUUGUUUUGGUUGUAGCAUAGCAUGAACAUGUGUAAUUUUUUAAAAUAAACUUCAGGCUAUUUUAUAACGUUACAACAUUGUUUCAGAUUAACUUAAACUGUGUGUUACAGACAUGUGCUUAUUUAAUAAAAAAAACUUUGUAAAUCUUA